AUGAUCGCCAAAGAACUACCUUCCGGCUGCGCCGUCUGUAACCAGAAGGAAGAUCUUCUCCAAUGCUCUGGCUGCAAGGUGUUGUCUUACUGCGGCCGGGACCACCAAGUCGCUGAUCGUCCAGCCCAUAAAUCCGCUUGCAUCGCCAUCAAAAAAGCACGUGGCAAGAUGGAGGAAGGGGAGCAGAUUCUACGAGAUCACCCUGGAGAUUUUUUGAUGCCUGCGGACCCCUUCACCAACAGUGUCGGGAACUUCUGGGGCGUGUUCCCAACUCGCGACUAUAUGCGAGCACGGUUUGCACUGGUCAAAGCCAUGGCUGAGGUCGACAAUGCCGAAUCCGUCAAAGCGCAGCUGGACCAUCUUAUGGAUAUGCUACGUUUGUGCCGCAGUGAUAACAUGGGCGUGCGAGACCUUGUGCCCGGGCUCAUGCUUCGUCUCAACAAGGACCAGGAAUGCUACGACUUCAUCAAGUGGUGGGCCGUCAUCGAUGACAAUCCACGGUACGCCUGGGGAGAUCCUGAUUUUCCCUACCUCGAUAUCAAAAACGCCGAUAUUUUCGAACCUGUGAAUCGAUUCUGUGGUCAGUUCCCUGAUCUCAGUCACUUAGUUUGCCUUUGCCUCUUGAAGAUCAAGUUGCUCUUCGAGGUUAUGAGGCUAGAGCAGUCGACUGCGAGCCUGGGCCCAACCGUUCCUAGCGAGAUCCUCGAUCUCAUCCAGUCAUCAGUUCCUCGGAGCCCCGCCGUGCGAGUGUCCCACGGCAUCAUGUCCGGUGAUCGCGAUGUCCGCAAGACCAUUAUUUCCAAGUUGAAGGCGCAGCUCAAUGUCGUAUUCGACGCGGUCGUGGAAGCUAACGAGCAUUUCUGGCCCGCUCUUAUUGAUACUGACAUUGAUUUGACUGAAAUUCCCCAAUUCUACUCACAUGGUAGCGUGGAAGAAAUGAUCUUAGUCCUGCGUUACAACUAUGACGCCUGGAUUGAGUCGCCCGGGGCGCUUAGCUUCAUAGAAGCAAAGGUUCACGGUAAAAUUUGA